GUACAUGAUUGAUGUGUUUUUGCCGAGUGGAUUUCCACAGAGUGUUACGGAGGAUUAUGUCGAGUAUCAGAUUUUUGAUUCACUUCAGGCUUUUUCGUCGUCAAUUGCGGGUAUGUUGGCUUCAAGGGCGGUGUUACAAGGUGUGGGAGUGGGCGAUUCAAAUGCCACACCCACGGCUGCACUGCUUCUCUCCGUCCUCCAGGAAUCCGUGGGUCGCAUGGCAACAAUAGCCUUUGCCGAUCGCUUCGGUACUGCACUCGAGCCAGAGUGCAAAAUGUAUCGUCUUACAGCGGAUAUUUUGAAUGACUCAGGCAUGAUUCUCGACUGCUUGAGUCCUGGGUUCCCUAAGCCGCUGCGGGUAGCUGUCUUGAGCUUUGCGAGCUGUCUGAGGUCACUGUGUGGUGUUUGUGCGGGGAGCUCAAAGGCGAGUUUGAGCGCGCAUUUUGCUACUGCGGGAAAUUUGGGAGAAGUCAAUGCCAAAGAUUCCAGCCAGGAAACAGUCAUAUCCCUGCUAGGUAUGUUGGCAGGGAGUUUUGUGGUAUCGCACAUCACAUCGGAUAUAGCAACUUGGUGCACGCUUAUACUGCUCCUGGUCAUACAUCUGGCCACGAAUUACGCCGCAGUGCGAGCCGUCAGCAUGCAAUCACUUAAUCGGCAGAGAGCCAAUAUUCUCUUUAGUCACAUCUUGCAGCACGGAAUAGUGCUGAGCCCUAAAGAGGUGUCUGCGCGUGAACGCAUCUUUGAAAGAGGUGGUGUGCUGCGGUGGGCAGAUGACGAGGUACUCGGCAAGUGUAGGAUUGGUACCUCUCUGUCGGAAUUGCUAGGCCGGAUUGGUAGACGUGAUAAGCUGAGCGGGUCGCUGGCGUUUUGCAGCAGCGGCGCCGAUGGCGAAAGCGAAGUUGAUGUAUUCGAUUUACUGAGCAUUUUCGAGGCCGAGGAUUACGUGCUUUGGGCGUCAGGGGGACCUGCCGCUUAUGAAGCUGUCAUCGUGCUCAAGGCUGGGUGCGGGCCGAUCGAUCAGCUUAGGGCGUGGGCACAUGCACUGCUUGUUGCAGAGAGAAGGCAACGUGGUGGUGAUGGUGGAGGAACAAGAGCAAGGAAUGGGUUGAUGGGCGAGCUAAGAGAUACGCUGUAUGAGGUGCGGAGGAUGUUUGACAAAUACGGCGACGAAAUGAGGGCAAAAGGAUGGCAUCUUGAUGUUGCUGCGCUCGAGACCAAGGCUGGGAUGCGGCUGCAGAUUUCAUCAACGGGACCAUGCACUUCCGAUUAACGAGCAUUUGAACUAUUGGUAUACCAUAGUAGUUA